AAAGAGAAACACACGGCACACCCACUAUGGUCGCUCGAAAAGAAGUGCGCACAUCAUUGUCCUUCCUGUUGCGGAGAGAGUUAUGUCUUGCAUUACAUUUGCGAACGACCUUCAUCUGAGUAUCUAUGACAAAGGUAGUGUUACCUUCGAUUACGAUUUGCGGCUUUCAUCAAUGACAUAAAUGCUACUGCUAAAUUGACAUCUUGCUAAUCGCAAUCUGGUGCUCAUUCUUUUUCGCUUAUCGUUUUCAUUCUGCAAAAUUCAAAUACAAUGUAAAGUUAGAAACUACCGACUCACCGAAGAUUCCUGCCACAAAGGAAAGCGCAAUACUUUUGCGAAUUUCUACCCCACAUUCUUGAACGGUUUCAAAGCCCGCGUGCACCUCCGCGAAGAUGAAACCGAAUGAGACCGGCUGGGUGUUGUUCUCGACUGAGGAGGAGGACAAGCUGUAUCGUUUGGAAGACCAUGGCGCCGCCGAACCUGAACUGGUGGAAAAAAAGGCCAGCGACAACGACCUGGCGACAGAGCCACUCGAGGUGGACACGUUGGUGGCGCAGCUGCAGGACGCCAUCCAAAAACUGCCAGAGGAAGGCAUCGGCAAACUGGAGCCGCAACGAGCAGGCGCCGACUGUGGGGCGCCUGUUUUGAAAGGUUUGGGCCUGCUGAAAGUGAGGCGGAGCCUGGAAUUUCUAGACAAGAUUGCUAGCAACGAGCGGGAGGGGCUUCGUGGGCAGCGUCUGGCGCAGGAGGUAAACGAAAUGCAAGGCAAUUUAGACGAAGCCAGGAAAAUGUUUGCCGAGCGGUCGCGACAACUCGCCCUAAUGCGUCGCAACGGUGACAAUGACAAAUCCUCAGCGAGGGGCGCCAGCGCUAGUGCCCCGCCGAAUACAGUCAAUGCUGGUACUUACUUAUGUGCGUGCGCCCUUUCCGGCGCCGGCGCUGGGCUGGAGACUUCGCUAGCUAUUUUGUUUUUUUGCGAUUCGAUGUUGUGUUCGUGUGCUGUUCGGAGUUGUCUACUGAUUACAGAUUAGUAUCGCGCGGAGUACCACAAGAACUUCUGCUCGAUUCCGGGGUAGAUCGUAGCAAUCGGAUUGCUACGAUCUGAACAAGUGCAGUAAGCAAGUUCAUUCGACGCACUAUUCAAAAACCCAGGCGCUAGCGCUGCAACUUCUGCCAUAGUUGGUCCUUCUCCCAGCUCCAGUAUUAGCACGACAGCGGGGCGCCGAACUGUGUUCGUCAAGUUUCCUUCUGGGUACAAGUACGACAACGAGAAGUAUUUUCGUGCCGACCACGCGGAUGUUGGAAAGCAGAUCGAGGCGAUCGUAGGACGCGAAGCCGUUUUGGAGUACACAAACAAAAACGCCCAUGGGGAGCCAGUGCAACACGCGGAGGCGUUGUUUCGAAGCGAGGCGGACGCGGCGAAGGUUGUGGAAAAAGGAGAGAUCAGGCUUGCCAGUACAGGAAAGGUGGUUGAGCUUCGCUGGUUUGACCAUGCGCGCCAGGGCCAGGCCUGUCGACCGCCCGCACCGCGAGGUCGACAAGGGCCGUCUCGUCCCCGAUCCCGCUCUAGGCAUCCGCGACUCACUCGUUCCAAGCGUCGGCCGUCGCGCUCCAGGCUCCCGCGAUCCCCUUCCACACCUCCGCACCGCCGCGAGUACACGUCUCGGCAACUCCUGCACGGGUCUCGGCGGGGCGUGCGCGUGCGCAGCCGGUCGCGGCGAGAGCGGUCUGUUUCGUCUCGAGUGUCGCGAUCCCGGUCUUCGAGUGUAGCGUCACGUCGGUCACGAUCGCGUCACAACCAUGGACGUCCAGAACGGCGCCGCGUCUCAUCUCGCCGGGGGAGCAGCAGUAGGGAAGAUUCGUUGUCCGUGCGAAAAUACCGAAAGCGCGACCAGGGUCGUCUUUCGGAAGAUGAUCCGCGGCAAAGCGAGAAACAUGUUGCCCCAGACCAUGGUUCGCGAGGUACGUUCUGGCUUUUGUUUUCCUGUAAAACACACAGGGUCUUCUUCCUUACCCUUGCGCGAGUCCGGCAGAGAAAAUUAUUCUAAUGUCAUUGCAAAAAUGGAAGUCAGUGGACACAAUUUUUACGGUCUUUGAUCGGUUCCGUUUUCUAGUUUGGUCAAUACCGACUCUUAAUUCACAUCGCAGAUCAACAUAGAGACACUUCUUUCGCCGGCGGAUCGGGUAGCGGGCAGUCCGCUGUUAUUACGAACCUGCGUCCUCUUCCGUUGUUUGUACGAAACAGGGACCAAGCCGCGGCUGGAACGCCCGACACACCAGCUGCAAAAAAGACCGUGCACUUUGAGGAGGUGAACCACGAGCAUCAGAUCUCGCCGAUCGGCGUUCCAUCUACCGGACGGAGCAGCCUUCUAAAGGAAGAAGCAGCAGACAAUGACGUAAUCAGUGACGAGAGCGAUCAAUUUUUGAUCGAUGGAGAUGAGGAUGAGAAUUAUCAACUUGCUGAGCAGCCGGAGGACUACAACCAGAAAAGCCCGGCUGAAGAGCGAGAGCGUGACGAGUUCGGAGAAGUAGAGCUCGACCAUGAUAAGGUCGACGCACCAGAAGUGAAAGAAGAGGAAAAAUGUAAAGAGCUCGACCAUGCUAGGGUCGAUGUACCAGAAGUGAAAGAAGAGGAUAAAGGUAAAGAGCUCGACCAUGAUCAGGUAGACGCACCAGAAGUGAAAGAAGAGGAAACAGGUGCAGAUAUGUAGUUUUUAUUUCUUGAAGAUCCUGAACGUUUCAGUGUUAUCGUCGCGUAGGUUUUUGCGCCAUCUUCGAGACUGAAAGCGUUUCAGCGUUUCAAUUAUUGCAUUUGAUUUUCCCGCAGGUCACGAUGGAGAAGUCGUAGAACAAGAGCGUCCUGUAGUACUUGUGCCUCAACCCGCUCCCCUCCAGCCGCAGCUCCUACCACCGGAGACGAAAGCGGGUUUUGA